UCUCUGUGUCUCUGUGUGUGCCUCUCUGUGUGAGUCUCUCUCUGUGCGAGUCUCUCUGUGUGUCUCUCUGUGUGAGUCUCUCUGUGCGAGUCUCUCUGUGUGCGAGUCUGUGGCUGCGUCUCGUGAUCAGUAGCAGCGCUGGACACAGCGAUUUAGCGCCUCCGAUUCGCACGGUUGGCCACGUACAGUGCGAAAGAAGUUCAACAUACAGAGCCAGGCCGGGGAGCGGGGUCCCAGGGCCAGCACCGGCGCUAGCUUGCCCGAGUGUUUGGGGUCUCUAGGGCACGGGUUGGCGUUCGGGGUCUCUAGGGCACGGGUUGGUGGUGUUCGGGGUCUCUAGGGCACGGGUUGGCGUUUGGGGUCUCUAGGGCACGGGUUGGUGGUGUUCGGGGUCUCUAGGGCACGGGUUUGGGUUCGGGGUCUCUAGGGCACCAUUUGGUGUUCGGGGUCUCUAGGGCACGGGUUGGUGUUCGGGGUCUCUAGGGCACGGGUUGGUGUUUUGGGUCGGGGUUGGAGCCGGUGCUGGGCGGUGGCUUCGUGGCUGGGCGCGCGCCUGGAGCGGAGCGAAUGGAGGGCGUGAAGCUGAAAGAUCGGAUCCUGGAGAACAUCUCCUGGUCCAUCAAGAAGCUUCAAGGCAGCUUUGUUCCCUGUCAGCGCGAGGAGGAGGAGGAUGUAUCCGUGGGCAGCCAGCCGACCGUGCGCAACCACGACCGGCUGCUACAUCGCGUGUGCGAGCACCUGGACCACGCGCUGCUGCACGGGUUGCAGCACAUCCCUGCCGGCUACUGGCCGCUGGUCAUGCACUUCACGCGCUCCGAUGCGGUGGCGACGAUCUCUGCCCUGCAUCAUGUGACCACGAGCUUGGGCCGGAGCCGCGCGUGGCUGUACCUGGCGCUGAACGAGAGCAGCCUGGAGAGCUACCUGCGUCUCUUUAGUGAGAACCCGGUGCUGUUGCGUUCCCACUACAGCGGGAGCGCGUUGGUGUGCAGCUCGGACCACCUCAACCUCUUCCUCACGCUCGUCUCUGGCCUCGAGUUCAUUCACUUCGAGCUGGAGCUGGAUGCGCCAUACCUGGACCUGGCAGCGUACAUGCCCGAUCCGUACCGCCCCGUGCUGCCCGAUGACCUGCACGGCCACUCCCCGUCGUGCCGGGGCUCGUGCCAGGGCGGCUCGUGCCAGGGCGGCUGCUCCGACAGUGCCUCCCUCGAGUCCGGCAACUCGGCGAACCUGGAGUGGGACGACUCGGCCAUCGCUCCGUCCAGCGAAGAUUUUGACUUCCAAGACGUUUUCGAGCCUUGCAUGUGUGUCACGGACGCCACAGCAGACACCGACAGCCUCGCCGAGCCCCUGCACAGCCCCGACGCUGCGGGCAUUGUGGGCACCAUGGGCACUACAGGCACCACCGCCGCCAAGCGGGAGAGAGAGGGCGGCGUUACCGCGGCCCAGCGGGGGUCGUGGCACCGGCAGAACCCCUUCUCGUCGCCAAACCUCGGCUUGCGUGGCGACCCCACGGACGAGGUCGGCGGCAGAGCCAUCCCGGCGAGUUCCGGCGACGCCGACCACGACCACUCCCCGCUGGAAGUCAUCCGCCUGACCACCAGAAGGCGCAAGCGCCACGACAACGGGAGGGCCCGUGGCGCGGACGGGCAGCGGCACGGCAGCGGUGGCGGCAGCGAAGCAGAGACGGCGCUGCAGCCGGACAUUGUCCUGCAGUGGGACGCGGUGAAGCGGCCAAGCAGCGCGCUGCAGCCCGACGUGAUACUGCAACCGAGCGCGCUGCGGCAGGCGGGCAAGGCGGGCGAGGCGGGCGAGUUGGGCGGAGCCAAGGAGCCGGGUGACGAGUCGCAGCCAGACACAGCACAGCGCGUGGACACGGAGCCGUGGCAAGUCGGCCUGGUGUCAGGCAGCGAACAGCGAGGCGCGAACCGGCCCGGUUUGGAAAUGUCACGAGCGAAGGGUCCGGUGCAGUCGAGGAACCUGCGUCUGAACAUUGCCAAUCCCCUGAAUGACGACGAGGGGGCGGAGCGUGUUGGGUGUAGGGGUAAUGGCGACGCGGAGGAGGAGGAGGAGGGGGAGGGAGAGCAGCAUCAGAGCGUGCACGUGCUUCUUAGUUCGCACCUCUCCAGUGCGCAGAGGUACACGCUGGCCCACACGGACGAGGAGCAAUGGACGCUGGGCGACGAUGCCGUGGAUUCGGACGGAGUACGACCCUCAGAAGACGGACAUUUGGACAAACUGCACAACCACACCGAGCACAAUAGACCCUCCGGUGUGGCGAGCUCAGUUGACUGUUACGGUGAGCGGGGCUGUGGGGCGGACGAUGGUUGCGCAGGGGACUGUCGUUGUCAGAAUGGAAACUGUGCGCACGAUUGCGGUGGCACCGGUCACCGAGACAAUGUGGAGGCUGAGAAUGGGACAGCUUUGACAGGGGACAGAGAUGCGGAUGGCGAAGACACUGAGACGGAUGACGCCGCGAUGGGGAGGCCGCUACAGCACCGCGCCGAGAUCAGCGUGGACAACAAUCUGCUGCUCCUGCUCAUGCUGCACGUGUUCCGGGAAGACGAAGAGCAGCUGUACAAGAUGCUGAAGCUGACAACGGGACACGCGGAGGGUGCGGUACGGUCCUUAUUCGUGGUGCUCACCGACUGCCAUGUCUACCUCGUGCGCAAGGGGACGGCGGAGAAGCCGUUUGCGGUGGAGAGAGCCACCCCCUACCACCAGCUGGCGGCGGUGCGCGUGGGCGUGCACGGGCAGGCGGUGCGGCUGGACGACGCCUCGCAGCGCCAGCACACUUGGAUCGACACCGCCGAGCACGGCCUCACUGAGUUCCUGCUGCUGUCUCUGACGGCGGCGCUGGUGCGCGGCUGCCGGGAGCCACCGUACCCACGCACCCACACGGAGACGUCCGAGACGCACCCAACCCUCAUGGCAUUCGUCGCGCGCGAGACACCGUGCCCGCUGUCCGAAGUGCAUGUCGCAUGCUACAGCUACGUGCACUGGGAGGAGGUGCACCAGCAGUGCGCGCCCGGCUCCGGUUGUGCCGCGGCAGGCUGCCUGCAGGCCUCACGCUGCCCCCAGGGGCCAGGCUGUGUCCCCUACAAGGAGGAGCUGCUCGUGUACCGCACGACGGGGCGCAUGGGCGGCCACACGUGGAAGCCGUGCUACCUGGUGCUCAGCAGUGGCAUCUUGUACCAGUACGAAGACAGCACGGGCGUGACACCACUCAUGUCUCUCAGCAUGAGCGGAGGCGGGUGCGGUGGGUGCCUGCGCGUGCGCGACGCCGAGCAGCCACACAGCUUCCAGGUGCUGCUCACGGGGCGACCGCCCCUGCGCCUGGCCGCGCGCUCCGAGCCCAGCGUCUCCCAUUGGCUGCAGGCCAUCUGCCAGGCUGUGUCGCACGGGGUGUGCGUGCGUGUGCCCGCUGUGCCUGGCGUGCUGCUGCUCACGCGGAACGACCUCUUCCUGUGCCACGAGGACGCGGAGACGCGGUUCAUCCGCUCCCUGGGCAGGCUCCCACUGCCAUGCAUCGUGCGCGCACGGACACACGACAUGCGCCACGCGUGCUCACUGGUGAGAGAAGGCGCGGACUCGCAGUGUGUCCUCGGCUGGGACCUCAGCUUCAGUUGCGACUCGGAGCUGCGCAGGUUCCUCUCCGGCCUGGCUCUCGCCUGGGAAUCGAUUUUCCAGGUGCCGCUGCCGCAAGAAGUGCAGAGGGACGGGAGCUAGAGCCGCUCCGAGUGGGAGCGACCUAACAAUACAUGCUGACACGCACACAUACAUAUGUACACAGUGUAAUGCUCGUGGACUCCCUGUGUCUAUACAUGCAUAUGCACCGGUACGUUACUGCGCACACUAAAACGCACAUUUACGGUAAAGUGCGUGGAAUAUGCAUGGAUGCCCACAAACAUGCAUAAGCACGCAUGUGGCGAGGUACGAAUGCGAGUUUACACACACCGUGUGGUGGUAUUUAACAAAUGUGUUCUUGUUUUUUUCAUGUUUCUGCAAAGCCAACUCGAACAAGGUAUACGUUUUUGUUUAAUGAAAUAAAGUUCAAAGACUGAAAAAGCAAAA